AUGGCUUCGAAACGCAAGGCUUCGGCCAUGGCCGCCCCCCCCGAAGAGCCUGUCGAUCCAGCGGAUGAGCUCAUGUUUCUGUGCCUUGGAGGUGGUAACGAAGUCGGCAGAUCUUGCCACAUUAUACAAUACAAGGGAAAGACUGUGAUGCUCGAUGCGGGCCAGCACCCUGCCUACGAUGGUCUUGCCGCUUUGCCCUUCUUCGACGACUUCGAUCUGAGUACUGUCGAUGUCCUCCUAAUCAGCCAUUUUCACAUCGACCAUGCAGCUUCGCUGCCAUAUGUGUUGGCCAAGACCAAUUUCAGGGGUCGUGUUUUCAUGACCCAUCCGACCAAGGCCAUCUAUAAAUGGCUCAUCCAAGACAGUGUCCGUGUUGGCAACACCUCAUCGAAUCCGACCUCGCAGCUGGUCUACACCGAACAGGACCACAACAGCACCUUUGGCCAGAUCGAGGCGAUCGAUUACCAUACCACCCACACCGUGUCGUCUAUCCGGAUCACGCCCUACCCGGCUGGCCAUGUUCUCGGCGCCGCCAUGUUUCUGAUCGAGAUCGCGGGCCUCAAGAUAUUCUUCACGGGCGAUUACUCCAGAGAACUCGACCGUCAUCUCGUUUCGGCGCAGGUGCCCAAAGGCGUCAAGAUCGACGUCCUCAUCACCGAGUCGACGUAUGGAAUUGCCACGCACGUCCCGCGCGUCGAGAGGGAACAAGCAUUGAUGAAAUCCAUCAAUGGAAUUCUCAACCGCGGCGGCCGUGUGCUCAUGCCAGUCUUUGCCCUUGGGCGGGCUCAGGAGCUGCUUCUCAUUCUCGAAGAGUACUGGAGCAAACAUCCCGACCUGCAAAAGGUCCCCAUCUACUAUGCCAGCAACCUUGCGAAGAAGUGCAUGGUCAUCUACCAGACAUACGUUGGCGCGAUGAAUGAUAACAUCAAGAAGCUCAAUGAGCGGAAAGGUGGUGCUUGGGAUCUCCAGUAUAUCCGGUCUCUCAAGUCGCUCGAUCGCUUCGACGAUGUCGGAAGCUGUGUCAUGCUUGCCAGCCCUGGUAUGCUGCAAAAUGGAGUCAGUCGCGAGCUCCUAGAACGCUGGGCCCCGAGUGACAAGAACGGCGUCAUCAUCACUGGUUACAGUGUAGAGGGCACGAUGGCAAAGCAGAUCAUGCAGGAGCCAGAGCAGAUUCAAGCCGUUAUGUCAAGGAGCAUCGCAGGAGCGCGGAGAGCACCGGGUGGUGACAGCGAGAAGGUGAUGAUUCCCAGACGCUGUAGCGUACAGGAGUAUUCGUUCGCUGCCCACGUAGACGGCACCGAGAACCGGGAGUUCAUCGAGGAAGUGGCCGCGCCUGUGGUGAUCCUGGUCCACGGAGAGCAGCACAACAUGAUGCGCCUAAAGUCGAAGCUGCUAUCAUUGAACUCAGGCAAGGCUGACAAGGACAAGGUCAAAGUCUACAGCCCCCGCAACUGUGAAGAGCUUCGUAUCCCGUUCAAGACAGAGAAGCUUGCCAAGGUUGUUGGAAAGCUAGCCUCUGUCCAGCCUCCGUUGAAUGGCUCCUCGGAUGGGUCAGACCAGAGCCACCUCAUCACCGGAGUCCUGGUCCAGAAUGAUUUCAAGCUAUCUCUGAUGGCGCCCGAGGAUCUGCGAGAGUAUGCUGGUUUGACCACGACUACUAUCACUUGUAAACAGCACCUGAAUCUCAGCGCUGCGGGUCUUGAUUUGAUUCGGUGGGGACUGGAAGGCACAUUCGGCAAGAUUGACGAGCUCCCUGAGAUGCGCCAGGAACAAAAUGGUGUCUCGAAUGGCGACGGCCCAGUUGAGGAAGCUGAUGAAGAGAUCAACAAGCUCGAGGCGGCAUACCUCGUUAUGGGAUGCAUUACAGUGCGCUAUUUCAGCAACGGGGAGGUGGAGCUGGAAUGGGAGGGCAAUAUGCUCAACGAUGGCAUCGCCGAUGCUGUUAUGGCUGUGCUGUUUUCAGUUGAGAGCAGCCCUGCUGCGGUGAAGCGAUCGUCGAACCAACAUUCGCAUUCUCACUCGCAUGACCUCGUUGAGCUCCCCAAGCGCAACCUGCACGCCAACCUCUCCCCUGAGGAGCGACUUGAGCGUCUGUGCAUGUUCCUCGAGGCCCAGUUUGGGCCCGACAACGUCUCGCCCAUCAGCGAGCCCAAGCUGCCGCCGCUGCAGAAGGGCGCGGACAAAGUCAAGGGCGAGAACGACGGCAAUGAUUCCGACGCCUCGAUGGACCUGUCGGACGACGAGGAAGAGGAGAGGCUCAAGAAGCUCCGAGAGAAGACCGAGAUCGAGAGGCUUCACAAGAUCGGCAUCCCGGUUCCGGGUAUCCGCAUUCAGGUGGACAAGAUGGAGGCCAAGGUGUGGCUCGAGAAUCUGGAGAUUGAGUGCGGACACAGAGUGUUCGCAGACCGCGUGAGGGCGGUUGUCGAGCGUGCCGUCGAGGUGACUGCGCCUCUCUGGGGAUAA